AUGACUUCCUGGAUAACGUCUUGGCUACCGCCUCUGCCGUCCAUUGAUCUAUCCUCUGCCCUACCUUCAGCUAUCCAGAGCAGAUUUAUAUCAUUUGUACUCAAGCGUACCUUAGGCCAUUUCGUCAAGCCAGGCCAGUUCGAUGUCAACCAGGUGGACUCCCAGAUCGGUUCGGGUUUCGUACAAGUGAGGGAUUUGAGAUUGGAUGAAGAUGCUAUUAACCGGUUGCUGCAAGGGAUCCCACUACGGCUUAAGGAGGGCUCGGUAGCGAGCGUCAUGGCUCGCGUGCCCUGGCCAAAUCCAAUGACUUCUACUAUUGGGAUGUCCGUCCAAUCUCUUCAAUUGACACUGAGUGUCGUCCCUGGAGUUAAGCUGAAGCCCCCCAACUCUGCACAACUCGCGGAGUCCGUAGCGUCGGUGGCUGAGACGUUCAUACAUGAGGAACUCUCCUCCAAGGAGGAAGCCGUGCUACGGGAGUCGAUUCAUUCUGACGCUCCUGGUGGCGCUUUUCCUGCUGCUGAGGAGAUGAAGAAUAUUCCGGGAGGGUUCGACGUUGACGUCGACCCAUUCCACUCGCCUGAUGCUGAAGGCCAUGAAGGCGUGGACAGGCAAUUCGACCCUGAAGGCGUCGGUAUAUUUGCCACCCUCAUUGAAGGACUGCUUUCGAGGUUCAAGUUUGACGCUCGCGAUGUGAGGAUCACAAUAUUGGACGAGAACAAUGCCAGUUUCACACUCGCAGUGCCGGACGUGCAAUAUACAACAGAGUCGCCCGAGAGUGCUGAGCCGAGUAGUCAGGGUGGGGGAGUAAGUCGGGUGCUCACUGUCUCUGGCGUGACACUCAGUACCCGUUGUCUCCGCCCUUCGCGCAUCCGGUCGUCGCUGUACGUUCCGUCCACCGCGACACCGUCCCCCGCUUCCUUUAAUAGCUCUGAUUCCUCCACGGACGAAGAAACUCAGAUGAUGAUGUCUCAGUCACUGGCAUUUCUUCCUCCCCGUCCCCCAUCUAUCCAGGUGGAAGAGCGCAUACCAGCGUCUGCCUCGAACCCAGCGGAGGAGCGACAACCAUCUACACCGCCCACUGCCUCACCUGGUUCUUCUUUACAGGAGCAAAUGGAAGCCAUGGAGGGAGAUAUAAUCCUAUCUUUUGGCUCAGAACCUAUUCUGAUGCGGCUUACGACUCCUUCCCUUCGCGCAUCAAGUGCGCAGGAAGCCAACCCACCGGCUCCUUCCGCAUCGUCAAAGCCGCGAACGAAACAGUCUAGAGACAUGAAGGGGUCACAGAAGGGUAAAUCGCAAUUGUCCAUCACACUGCCAUCUUCCCCGAGCCCACGACCAACACCCGCCAGAACACCUGAACCCGGUGUAUUGGAUCAGCUGUCUGUAGAGGCGUCGGUGAGAGGAGUAGUGUGCAUUGUGCUCCUUUCACCAUCGGCCUUUGCGGACCAGGGAGCAAGCCUUCGUAUGGAGGAGUUCUUCUCACAUCCUCUGGUUCCUCCCAAAGGGAUCGGCAAUUAUUUACGGCUCCACUUGGAAGCAUUAUCGCUGCGAAUAUCUUCAUCCGCUGCAAAGCCUUCAACGAAACGGAAGACUACUGCGAAGAUCAAACCGGCGCCAAGUACCACGAACGCGACAUUCGAACUUCGUGAAAUAUCAGCCUUCGCAUAUUUGCGUGACAAUGCUUUCGCAGACGACCACUCCGGUUACCACAUUAUGCCCAUCUUAGUUACUGACCCGAACCUGCCAUCGCAUUGCACAUCUCGACACAGUUUUCCAAUGGCUGGUUACCCUUUCCAACAAGAUGCGGAUGCACCCGAACUCCCUACUUUCGACAUCAUGGACUGGACAGAUCCACGGCAUCGAGCCGUGUCGUCCAAGAUCAACACAUGGCGUACAAAGGCUGGCACGCGCCGACGAUCUGGUCACAGAUCAAGUUCGAGUCCUGGAUUGAAAUCACUUACUCCUCUCUCGCCCUCGUCAUCUCGCUCAGACGGUCACGAUACUCAAGAUGUGACCUCAGAGCAUCGGCCCGUCUACGCUGUCAAGACGACGGCCACACUGGGGGUAGAUGUUUCUGCGGUGAGAAUAGAUAUUGCUCCCCUGCACUUUUUCCUGGACCUUGGUCUGUUCUCAUUGCACAUCGGCAAGCCGGGGGAAUCCGGGCUAUUGUCUUUCCUCUCAGAGGCUACAAGUUUUGAGGUGAAUAGCCCGAAUGUUGAGGAUACCCAAGACUCGGAUGAAGAGGAUGAACGUGAUUGGGCUGGUGAAACCACCCCGCCUGCUACCCCAAGAAGGAUUGCGGACGUUAGAGAGAGCGAGAGAGAGCGAGAAAGGAAAAGAUUGGAAGCGCUAAGGACGUCUGGAGCGGCAUGUCGAGCCUCAAGGUCGCCUGAUAUAGUACUGGCCGUACCUAUGAUCCGGGUUCAGGUUCGCUGUCCCCCGACGGCUGGCCGAACUCCUCGUUCGGGGGCAAUAAUCUUGGAUAUUCACGAACUCGAGCUGUCAAUGGGUCCUCAGUCCCUUCAUCAGGCACCUACUAGAGCCCGAUUCGCCGAGUUCGUAGAUAUACCUGAUGAUCUACCUUCCCACCCUGAGGAUAACAGUAGCAACGAAGUCCUUCGUGCCCAGUGGGGCAGAAUGCUUGUCUCUUACGCUCCUGUGGGUGAUUCCAAGGCCAUGGGCAUUCUAUCGUUGGGUCCUCUGUCGACGCCGAGCGAGACAGCUUUUACGUCGUCCGCAGCACGUCCUAAACACGUCCUCGCUCUGCUCCCUCGACUGCGUUUGAUGCAUUCCCCCCUUCCUUCUUCUUCGGAUGCUAGCCUUCCUUUACAUGCUACGGUAUUCGCUAUAGACUUACCCUCCGCAUACGUGGUGUUGUCCAAGCCCAUCUUUGAUGGGAUCCAGCUUUGGGCGGAUGAUAUCACUCAACUCUUGGAGAACGCCACGAGGUAUUGGAUACAGGAUGCAGAUAGUAGCAAAGCUACCAGCUUGAUCGGUAGCAGAUAUUUUACUCGACAAGGGAGCAGCGGUGCCGCAAGCGACGCAAGUCCCAGUUCAAUUGUCCAGCCCACCCGUAGCAGUGAAUUGGUAAUGAAACUGAGCCUUAGCGAAGGGUUCGUACGUAUUAUGCUUCCCCGAGCUAUGGAUCAAACAGGAUCACCUCGCCCAUUUGAUUUGUGCGGAUCUGACCUAGAUUUACUGAUUGAAACGAAACCCGAGGGAAAGGAUGAAACUGUGAUGACCUUAUCUGUUUUGAAUAUCGGUAUCCGCGAUCUUGACGCGACAGGAGAGGUCCUAACCAUGCUGUCUUUAACACCCUUGCGAGACCUGGUCGGUAUAUUCACUCGGGAUCCCUCUUAUAUCUCAGUAAUGGCAUCACCUACGAGACCUAUGCUCAAGCUCCGAUUUACUUCAGCCACCGUUUCGGAUCGGGGAACAGCCAAGCAGUCAAGAGUUAGACUAUCUUUGGCAGGUUUCACAUACAACCUGCUACCGGAUUUACAAUGGGCGUCCGACUUGGGUCAAUUCGCCAAAGCCCCGCCUGGAGCCUUCGACUCCAUGGUUCCCAGUGAAAGAACUCAAGUAUCUGUCCGAAUUUUUGAUGGCUCCGUGCGUCUACUCGCCCCGACCCAUCCUGGGGCGAUGGUCGUGCAUGUGGGCGAAACUGAGUUCAACACGGAUAUUGUUGGGGGCUCACCCGACAUAGUGUUCCGUCUGACCGUACCAGAGCUUUCGGUGUUCAUGAUCGAUGACAACGCCGCAGUUGUAGAAACCCCCGCCGUCUCUGGCCCUAGCAAAUCUUAUUGGAAGAGUACCGGUUACGCGUUGCUUUGUGAAGUCAUUGAUUUCCAGUUGAGGUUCUCUAGGGUCAAGAGGCAUGUCCUUCCAGAAACUGAGGUCUGCUCCUCUUGGCCACGCUUUGUGUCGCUUAUUGACCUACAUUCCCAGAUUAUCAUACAAGGGCUGGAUCUGCGAAUUCACUUAUGUGCGGACACUAUUGCAGCUCUGACCGCCUUCAUAAGCGACUUCGGGACAUUGUUCCUUCCACCGGCAGCAGAGAGGUUCGUUGAGUCUACUAGACCCGUGGAACACUUUCUCAGUUGCGUUCAGAGGGACGGCCCCCCCCAAGAUUCCAUGGACGAGCACGCGUUCAAAAGAGUCCCCGAAGUUGGAGCGGCGCCUGACAUGAUCAGCGACGACUUACCCACUAAUCCGGACUAUCUCGAUGCUUCUUUCGGAGCAGCUGCAGGAUUUCGUGAGUUGACGGACGACGACCUCGAUGAAUUCGACGAACAAGACAUUCCCACCAGCGAAACGCCUUCUUAUGUGACCGGUAUCGUCUCCAAAGUCGGAGGGGAGACGAUCAGGAUGCUAGACCCGGAAGGCAUUCACAUAAUAGAGGACUACUUCGAGACAAUUGCACCGGAGUCACUCGAUGAAAGUCCCGAAAUCGACGAGACCACGUUACGUGUCCGCGCUGAUGAUUGUAACGUUUCACUUUUCCUCUACGAUGGCUAUGACUGGGCAAGGACUCGUAGAAUUAUCGAAGAGGAAAUGAAGGCUAUGAAACGGCGACUAGCGAGGAUACGUCAACUGAUUGCAAGCGGACAAACGUACGACCCACACGUGGAAGAGACGAGCGCGGUCCUGUUCAAUUCCGUUUAUAUCGGGUUGGAACAAGAUCUAGACGAGAUGGAGCCCGGUGCAAUUAUUGCCGCCAUAGAUGAGGAGCUCAAGGAAGACUUCGAGAACGAGACUCAGAGUUCAUGGCAGUCUCUUCGACCUCAGGCUGCUGGAGCGCCUGCUACGAAGUCUACGCGUCUGCGGCAUCGCAAACUGACUCGCUCGAAGGGACCUAGCAUUGAGAUCCGCCUUGCGUCUGUGCAAGCUACGGUGGAUCAAUAUGGCCCUGAUAAAGGCCUUGCCUCAAGAACAUUCGCUACUGUUAAGGACCUCGAGAUCUUGGACCAUAUCAAGACUUCUACCUGGAGGAAGUUCCUCUCCGAACUCAUAACCGAUUCUCGAGGCAAUAUGCGGGAGACUGAUUCCAACAUGGUUCGGAUGGAGCUCUGCAAUGUCCGGCCAGUGCCCGGAAAUCCUUCUGAAGAAGCCAGAGUAAAGGCGAAGAUAUUACCUCUCCGAUUGAAUGUCGAUCAGGAUGCUUUAGACUUCUUCAAAAAAUUCUUCAGUUUCCAGGAUCAGGAGGCACCUAAAGCACCACCGCCCAGUAAUCCCGAUGAAGGGAUCUAUAUACAAUAUGCUGAGAUAUUCCCUGUCGAUCUCAAGCUCGAUUAUAAGCCACGUCGCGUGGAUUACAGAGCCUUGAAGGAAGGAAAGACUAUUGAGCUCAUGAACUUUUUCCAUUUCGAUGGGGCGGAGAUGACCCUUCGCCAUCUCACCUUGUAUGGAAUCACUGGUUGGCCGCGCCUAUUUGACAUGCUGAACGACCUGUGGACGCCGGACGUGAAGGCAACUCAGAUGGUCGACAUUAUUUCGGGCGUGUCGCCUAUCCGAUCUGUCGUCAACGUGGGCUCCGGGGUUGCAGACCUUGUCCUGCUGCCAAUCGCCCAGUACAAGAAGGAUGGUCGGGUAAUACGCGGCGUCCAGAAAGGCACGUCCGCGUUUGUGAGAUCCACGGCCAUGGAAGCUAUCAAGCUAGGCGCUCGUCUCGCGACCGGUACGCAAGUAAUCUUGGAGCAGGCUGAGAACGUGCUAGGAGGCCAAUUCGUCGAGCCUCUCACAAUGGAGGCACUGCAGAUACCCGGCGAUGAUGAGUACGGGGAGCCGGGAGCAGAAUUAUUGGGCCAUGAUGAGGAGGCGCAAGAUCUUAUCAGCCGUUAUGCAGAGCAGCCUAGCGACAUCAAGGAGGGGAUACAAUCUGCAUACAAGAGUCUUCGAAGGAACUUCAGUUCUGCUGCUCAAACCAUUCUGGCGGUGCCCAUGGAGGUGUACGAGCGGUCAGGCAAUGAGGGGCCUGUGCGUGCGGUAAUACGGGCGGUGCCAAUAGCUGUCUUGAAGCCGAUGAUAGGAGCAAGCGAAGCCGUCAGCAAGACACUUCUCGGCCUGCAGAAUACCUUGGAUCCUAGCGUCCGCCAGGAAGCCGAAGCAAAGUAUAAACGUCGCUGA